AUGAGACCGUCAUCAUUGGUGCUGGUUGCCGAGCCCGAUCCAAUUGGAAGCAUUCUAUUUAAUGCGUUUGGUGUCAUUAGUGUGCCUGGCCUAAAUGGCAAGGGCUCAGCCCUUAAAGUUAUGCCACUCCCCCUGAAAAUAAUCAACGUUCCUCUCCUCACCAUACCUCGGCUUCCUACCAUGGAGCCUAAAGAGGUUCUGGCUACCUGUGGAGGCUCAACACUCGUAUUUCAUCAAGGAGUCAUGUCUAUAAUGGAAGAAGUCAUUAUAGUCAUGGCAGCCUUGAUCUCAGCUACAAUAGUGAGGCGAAGACUUGAAGGAUCACCGCUCUUCAAGGCACCCUUCUCUCUUGCUAAAUUUAUAAUGACCAUUGCAGACUUAGUCUAUAUAAGACAUGGACACUCGACGGAAGUCUUCUCGUCUACAAUUCGCAAAUCACACACUUCUCGCUGUCUUCUCCACGCCUCGUAUCUCGAUCAUCUCUAA